AUGGAAGAACAACUCAAAAAGAAAAAGCCUUUGUUGAAUGAAAAUGAUUGUGAAGAUGAUGAAUUUGAAAUAGACGAGGAUGCUUCUCGAUGCUCCAACGGAAUAAUUAAGUCUGAGAAUGAAAAAGAAAUCGACAUCCAAAUCGACUUACAUGAUUUUGAUAUCGAAUUUCAAGUCUUUGAUAAUAUCCUGGUAAUCUUUGGAAAGAUGAAAUCAGUUAAAAAUGACGGAGAAAUUGCACCUCCAUUGCCACAACACAAAGGUCGUCGUUAUCAAUCUGUUGUUCGUCCCAUUUCGCUACCCGCUAAUGCGGACACCGACAAGAUUCAUAAGGUGUUGGAAGAUGGGAUUAUGCAUGUGAAAGUUCCAAUGAACGGAAGUUCCAAUCGAAUAAUCCCGGAUAUUGCGCUUUGUGCAAAUUUAGGGAAUCCUUAA